CACAGCCAUAACUCGGCCCCGCCUUGAUAGUUCUAAUAAGAUCGUAGGAUCUUUUUCUAUCGGUUCCAUUAUAUAGAAUAUCACAAAAAUGGAUUCCACAUAUGUUAUGGACGUCGACAUGGACGCUCCAACCACAUCUACAGCAUCAAACACAAUGACUUCACAGCCCUUUCCACAUCAUUCGGCAACAUCUGAUUACAUCCCACUUGGUGUCUCUGAACCGCAAAGCACACAUCCACCAAAACACAACAUCUCAUCAGCAAUGGAAGCCGGUCCCCUGGGAGAAUCCAUCCCACCACAAGCAACCUCCAAAGAAUCCCUCAAAGCCGCCCGCGACGCUGAGCGCAAGCGCAACCGGCAGGCGGCGCUCCUCAAAAAAGGCAUGCCAUCCGAUCCCGCCCUCCAGGAAGAAUGGCACCGCACGCGCAAGGAGCAAGGCCUCGCCUCAAUGACGCCCUCGCAGCGGGACUUCCUAGCCCGGAAACAGGAAGACAAGGCGUGGCGCGAGGAGCACAAGACGGAGAUCCGGCGUGCGAGGCGCGAGAGGAAGAAGUUGAGGGUCAGGGCGGAGGCGGCGGGCAAGGUCGAGGCGAGGUGUUGUAUUUUCUUUCAUACGAUGGAUCAGUGGGAUCCGUCGAUGUUUGAGCCGGGGAAGGUUUACGUGAGGUUGCAUUCUGGGUUUGAUGUUGAUGAUUCCCAUCUCUUCGCCAUCGCGGACGCCCAUCCCGUCUUCUGUGCAGAGCUCGAGAAAGUCGAAGUCGGUUCCGUGCAAGUCAAGUUGGGGUCGAAAGUCACUGACGCAGGCGCCCUCGCGGUUGCGAGAUCAUGUCCCAACCUCGUGAGCCUGACGUUCAACUUCGGGGUCCAGGUCAGCGACCAAGCUUGCAUAGAGAUCCUGCGAACGUGCGAGGACCUCGACACGUUGACUGUCACAGGUCACGAUUCGCAGCACGGUGUUAUCACGGAUGCGCUGAUUAAAGCGCUUCUUGAGGACCCAGGGCUUGGAGAGAAUCUGGAGACGUUGGUGCUGGUCCAUCAGGAUGUUACGAGGGCGCUGGUGGAGCAAUUAAGCAAGGCGAGGCCGGAACUUGAGAUUAUUGAGGGGAAUAGGCAAGUCCAAAUUGUCACGUGGGAGAAUGGCGCGAUUGUGAGGAUACAUCUUCUCUCUAAGGGGUGUGCGGUGUUUGCGGAUUAUGGGAGGAUUACUCCGGUGGAUUCGGAGAUGAUGAUCGAUGAUUGAUUUAGCGGUUGCACGGGAUGAGGAAGGAGUAGUAUACGAUACCCGUGGGAGUUAGAAGGCUGGGUUAAAGGAUAUUUACACACGCAGACCACGCAGACCAAAAGAUACACAGCACAAGCAAUGUCACGAAUUGCAUCAAAUCCAUUCAUACGAACUACAAAAUAGCGAACUUCCUCAAACCAAAUCUAAC